AUGGGCCGCAUUCACACCAAAACCGUGAAGAAGGUGGCCCGGGUCAUCACUGAGAAGGACUACACUUGCCUGGGUAAUGACUUCCAUACCAACAAGUGCGUGUGCGACGAGACUGCCAUUAUUCCCAGCAAGAAGCUCCGCAGCAAGAUUGCAGGCUGUGUCACACAUCUGACGAAAUGGAUGCGGAGAGGCCCAAUGAGAGGUAUCUCCAUCAAGCUGCAGGAGGAGAAGAGAGGGAGGAGAGAUAAUUACAUGCCUAAGGUCUCAGCCCUGGGUCAGGAAAUCACUGAACUAGAUCCAGACACUAAGGAAAUGCUGAAGCUCUUGGACUUUGGCAGUCUGUCCAAACUGCAGGUCACUCAGCCUACAGUUGGGAUGAAUUUCUGA